AAUGUGUUUUGAAAGAGCCAUGACGGAAGCAAAAGAUUCACACCCCUUUUCUUCACCUGAUUUGUAUGAGAACAAAAGGGUGGGAGGUAGUCUACGUUACUCAUCCGUGUGAAAGAUUAUCAUAUAGUGACAAAAUACCAGUGAACUCACGUACUUAGGGACUGAUCCAUAAUCAAACAGCAAUAUCAGAAUGAUAAGCUCCGGAGACUAGGUCGGAAUAUAUAAAUAAUUUCCGGAUUUCAAACUGUAUCAAUCGGAUCAAAUUUGGUUACAAACUGUCAAUCUUAUUCUAGAUAACAUGAGAUAGUGAAAUAGUUUUAGCGAGUUUUAACGUUGAUACUUAAAACUGUCCUUCGGUAAGGCAGUACAAAAAUACUAGUGAUUUUUAUUCAUAAGAAAAACUUUAACAACAUAUAUAAAUGUUACUGUGAAUCUAAAAAGUGCAUUGAAAACGGACAGAUAAUGGACAGUUCAAUGGAAACAAAAAAAGACGCUGGUUUUAUAAAUGACAGUGAAAUAGACAGUUGUAAAACUUGUAAUUACAAAAGAAGAAAGUGUUGUAAAAUAUGGAACUUCCGGUUUACAAGACACACUGUAAAGACAUAUUACUCCAAUUAUUCAACGACGAUCAACAUAAUUCUGUUUAUAUUUUUAUUUUGUUUAUCUCAUGUGAGGGGUAUGAGCAAUGACAUAUUACGUUUAAAUUUACCGCCAAAAGAACCGGUGAUAGACCCAAAUACUGUCUGUAAAAAUUAUCCGGACUUAUCACCUGAACAAUAUAAUUUAUGCUCUAAAUACCCGGAUGUAACAGCAUCUGCGAUUCAGGGAAUUCAAGUAGCAAUACACGAGUGCCAGUUUCAAUUGCGUUAUCACCGUUGGAAUUGUUCAAGUUUAGAAAAGAAGAAUAAAAAUCCUCAUGCUAGUCCAUUUCUUGGAAGAGGAUAUAGAGAGACAGCUUUUGCCUAUGCAGUAUCAGCAGCAGGCGUUGUCCACCAAGUGGCAGUGGCCUGUAGUUUGGGUAAAUUAAAAUCAUGUGGCUGUGACGUCAGUCAGCAGGGUAAAAUGAAGAAUAAAUGGGAGUGGGGAGGAUGCAGUCAUAAUAUAAACUUUGGAGAAGACUUUUCUAGAAAGUUUUUGGAUUCUAAAGAAAGAAAAGCGAAAGAUAUUCACGCCAAAAUUAAUAUCCAUAACAACAGAGCUGGAAGACUGGCUGUUAUCAGAAAUGUUCGACGAAAAUGCAAAUGCCACGGGAUGUCCGGAAGUUGUGAAAUGCAGACAUGUUGGAAAUCAACACCGGAUUUCCGGGAUGUAGGAGAUAGAUUAAUAAAGAAGUAUGAAUCCGCGAGAAAGGUAAAGGUAAACAUUUUGAAUAAAGCAAAAACGAAAUUCAGAAGAAUUCGACGCAGAACGAAGAAAUCCGAUCUCAUGUUUUAUGAAAGAUCUCCAAAUUACUGUGAUCCAAAUCCAUUGGUAGAUUCACCGGGGACAUCCGGGCGAUUCUGUAAUAAAACAAGUUCCGGUGUUGAUAAUUGUGAGACUCUCUGUUGUGGACGGGGGUAUAAUACAUUAAGAGUGAAACGUUCCGAAAGAUGUGAUUGCAAAUUUCAUUGGUGUUGUUAUGUUGUAUGUCAAACAUGUACUUAUAAUGAAUGGGUAACAGUGUGUAAAUAAAUCACAUCAUAAACUAAACAUGUGUAUACCAGUGUCCUUGCUAGUGGUCAGUUCUUUUUCUGUGACUCCAAAAGAAUAUUUUAGAAUUCAGGUGGUGACAUUCUGACUCAUCUGUUGGAGCUUGAGUAAUUCAUAUGAAAGUAUUUUUAAAUAAACUAGUUCACUCUGACUAGCAAUAACUUGUGACUAAAAUAUAGGUAUAUAAAUACUUAUUUAGGUUAUAAUGACCAGUUGCAUCCUAGGUUAAUGCUGUAAAAGUAUCGACGUCCAAUCAGAUUUACGGCUAUUACGAAAGUGAGCGAUGUAGUUAUUAUUAUGAGAUUCAACAUUUAAUGACAGUGUGUUUGUUAAUGUUGAGAAGGACAAUUUUAUUUGAAGAAGAAUACUGUUUUUUUCUGUAUGUUGCUUUGGAAAAAUACUUGUUUAUACACAAUGAUAGAAGAUUUUCAAUAAAAUAUAUAAAAAUCUGUAAUAGAACUCGUAGUCAGCCAAAAAUGAUUAAGUUAACUUAAUCAGACGUUGUGAAUCUCUGCACGCACCUGUCGUGUGUUAAUUAUAUUUUAAAACAGUCGUUACAUUCCAAGAUUGAAUGCAAGAUAGACAAUUUUGUAUACACUUUAUACAUUGAAUAUUUCAUAAUUUAAGAAUAUGUAAAAUAAAAAUGAAUGUAAAAAAUGUUGUUUUUGUUUACAUGUGUUUUGUUUAAUCAAA